AUGUCUGAGUCGAGGCAAACCUUUGCAAAUGUAACAUGGGCUACAGUUGGGUGGACUGCUAAAAUGUGUCAUGUGAAGGUGUUAACUACUGCUCAGGUUAGACAUUGUCUAAAACGUUAGUCUUAACUGUUCGGACUGUAUGCUGCUUGGUUUUUUCAUGAUAACAAAUAUUACUUACAUUUAGAUCGUAUUUUAUUUGUUUGUUUGAUAAUUUGUAAAUCAGCCGGUAACUGGGGCUAAAAUUCUUACCGAAGCAUAUCUAAAUAAUUACUGACUGAUUUAAAUGGCUCUGGAUAGGUCAUGGUGUAUGCAGCGGCUAUGACACAUGUGUUUGCGACUCUUUAUGGCAUGGUGCAGCUUGCAGUGUGUCAGACUGCUCCAGUCUCAAUCCCUGUUCAAGAGGGGCGAUUGCAUUUUACCUAA